AUGGUUAAAGUUCGCAAGUUUUUUGACAAGUUGAUUACGGAGCCCAAACAUCAAGCCAUAAGAACUGCGGCAGAAACAAACUACAAUCCAUAUAUUGACAAACCAAUUUCUCAACAUAGUUCUGAUGCAAGAAAAGGAAAGAAAAAGAGUCUGCUGUAUAGUACUUUACACAAUUGUCGAGAUGAAUCAAAAGUUAGAGAGAAUGGCAAUAUGGAUCAAGAGCUGUUGACGACUUCUUCAAAACCGUAUUCCUCUCUCAAACUGGCUUCACCACCUAUAUCUCCUGUGCAUUCAAUUAGACGGAGUUUUGCCAAUGCAAACAAAAAAGAACCCAACGAAGUAGGGUUGGACUCCAAUAUUAAUCCAGCCAUUGACUCGAUUUCAUCAUUAGAGUUACUGCCAAUUGGUUCGGCCACAUCAAUCACGCUGAGCUUCAAUUUACCCACAGUGGCGCGACAUGACGCAUUUUAUUCCCUUGUUAAAGUUGACAAGUUUAAGUUUUCUCAACGUGGUACUUUGUUAAAUUUCAAAACAAGACAAGGUAAUGGCCUGGAUAUUUUCGUUUGUGAUGAAAAUGGUAGAAAGAUUAGAAAGAGAAGAAGUAGACGCAAAAGGAGAAGUGUUCGAAGGAAAUUGAGUUUGAGUAGUAGUGUUCCAGAAGGUGAUGAAAUCAAUGGGGAAGUGGUUGAUACGAUUGGACCUCCGAGGAAGGCGGCUGCCACUAAGGACGACGUAUCAUUUGUAUCUAUUGCUACUACUGCAACUACUGUCACCUCAUUGACAACUUCAAUCAAUGGUGUUGAUCCUAGAUUAGGUAAUGAAGCAGCAACACCUAUAGCAACAAGGUCAGGCCCAGUAAGAAAAUCAAUUCUAUCCAGAAAAUCAUUUAAACCGUCUAUGGAAGCCACCAAUGGAUGUACUCCAAUAACAACUACAUUCGACGACGGCGAUAUCCCAGUGCCACCAGCACCAGCUACACCAUACAAUUCCCCAACUAGAUUUGGUAGCCAAUUUGAUCCAUGUUUCAAUGUCGAUAAUUUCAAAGUCAAGAUAAUCCCUGAUGUAGCAUCAUACCAACCAAGCUUUCUUCAAAAGCGCGGUUCAAUGCACACUUUAGAGUCACGAGUAACCACACCCAAUAAAAUUACCAAUACUACCAACACCACAAAUAACAGCAAAGGUACCAAAGUAGCAACAGGAUUAUCUGCUGCUUCAUCGACGUCGUUGACCGAUGAGACAAAAUCAAUAACAGCGUCACUUUAUCACCAACAAAUCGAGUUUGGCAAAAGAUAUACACGCGUGGUUGAAGAGGGAUUGAAAUCUUCUUCGCUUAGUGCCCAUGCAUCAAUUCGUGAUAUCAAGCAAGAAUGUAGUGGUACCAAGACAAGCGAGUUUAAUGGUGUUAAUGCAGCAGCUGUUUCCAAUUUCGAGGCGGAUAGUACUGAUGUACAACUGCUAUUGCUGUUGCAAUUGCUGCACUAUGCUGUCGACUGUGGAGAAUUUGAAGAAAAUGCUCCACUAUUGGGUAAAAGAAACGGAAAAAGUGUUGCCAGUGGAUUCACGGGAGAUGCUGAUUAUAGCGAAACAAUUGAACUGACGACAUCCUAUGGUGAAUCUCGUGACCUUGUUACUGGGGCAGCAACUCAAAUCAAUGAAAAGCUUGAUCACAAAUGGAUUAUUCAAGUGAAAGAUAGGCUCCAGUAUUACUACAAUGCAAAUUUGAGUAAAUUGAGACGUAUCAAACUACAUCAUCAAAAGGCUAGAAGCGGAGAAGGGGUCGUUAGCGAGACAGAGAAGCCAAAACCAGUUGGCAUCCUUGUUGAAACUUUAACGGAGAUUUCACCAACUACUUCUAGCUCAACUUUGAAUCCACAAUCUGGUCUUUAUUCACAUCAAAACAAACGAUCACUGAAGAUUAACGUUGUUGAGAAUGAUUGUGUUGAAAUAAAACGUACUGCAAAUGGUAAAGUCGACUUUCUGAAUACUGUUGAUUCUGACGGGUUUUAUGUUGCUGAUGAAGCUGAAAAAGAGGAUGAUUUAACUGGGGCGAUAUAUUUUAUAAAAAACGACAAGGAAGAAGCGCAAAGUGGUGUCAAAGAGGCAAAUGUAAUAACCACCUCACCCUCUAAACGGGUGUCCAAGUUGCUUUAUUAUCAUCGACAACAAUUACAACAACAAUUCAAAUUUGCUCCUCUGCUGUUUGCUAGAGCCAACAACAAAGAUAAAGAUGAAGAUGACAAGACAAAACCCACAAAUGGAUUAUUAAAUGGAUUGCAAAAUAUGCUCAAGCAUGGAUCAUCAAAUAAAAUGAUGAUGAUGGCGAUGACUCCCCCUCAACUGCCACAAAAGGACUCUCAAGUGAUUGAGUUUCAUUCGCCUUGUGAAGUUGAAGAGUCGAGUUCCAAUGAUGGUGAUGAUGAACAAAGUUAUCGUGGUCGUUUCGAUAGUGAUGUUACAUCGAGUGUUGUGAGUUUAGCUGUCGGCGAGAGUUUUUGUUAG